CCGCAAUUAAUCAAGCACACCAUCGGAAUCUAAUGUAAACAAAUAUGGCAGCUAUAAAGAAAAUUGAUGUGUCUGGUGAUUUGUUUUGUGGAAACAUUUUUGAUAAACCACCUAUACCUGGAAGACCAUCAUCUGGCAAGUUUCACAAUAGAGGAUCUGGAAAAUUGUUCCCUUCUACGCAACAAAAUAAAUUGUUUCAGGACAAAGUGCAAAAUGAGAAACAAGAGGAAACUAUAAAUCAUAUGGCUCUAGUCUUACAUCCAGACUUUAAAGUAAAAGAGGAUGUCUCAGAACCAAGCACACCUAAAUCAGUUCCCAGUUAUUGUCGGAGAACACAAAGUGCUAAAGCCCGAUGUCAGUCUGGAAAAAAGAAUACUUCUCGGAAACCACAGCAGCAAAGACCUGCAAGUGCUGGCUGCAGGUUGACAAAGGAGAAGAAUGGGAUGUGUUCAUCUAAACCAGCUGUUGUAGAUUUAGCUAAUAAAGUCAUACCAGAUCUGUUUGAAAUAGAAAAACAGAAAAUUCUGGCUUUGCCAGAUCCCAGAGACUAUAGUCAAAAUGUGUAUCAAAAUAUGCCACCCAUGCAUUUUUCUAGACCAUCAUCAGCUAAAUACAGUGAUUUUGAUGCAGAUAAUUGUAGUUUCAAUAAAAAAGGAUCAAAGUGUAAAAGUGUUAAGAAAGGAUUACAACCCUCAGUGUAUGGUCUACAACGACAUAGACAGUUUUACGGGAGUGCUCCAGAUUUGACAAGUACAAACUGUUAUUUUGAUCAAUAUCCAUAUAAAAUAUCACAGACCAUAGAAGAAACAAAUAUAGACUGUAAUGAUAAAACCAGAGAUACACCUCACACACUAGAACCUUUAUUACCAUGGUUACAAGAUGAUAUACCAGAAGAUGUUAUAGGUGUGAAUCCUGCAGAAUGUCUUGUGUUCCUAGCUCCUACAGAUUGGUCAGAGCUACCAGAAUUACCAGAGCCCCCAACCAUGGAGGAAGACCUGCCCUAUGUUCAAGAUAUAACAUCACCAAAACCAUGG